AAGUGACACAAGUGCUGGCUCCAUUCAGCUCUGAGUUGACUGACUCACUGCUAUCUAUUAGCCAGUAUGCCGCAGAGAAAGAGGAGUUUCACUUUUGGAGCCUAUGGAGGAGUGGACAAGACAUUCGCCAAGGCCAGAAGCAUAUGGAAACAAGAUGGGAGUGACCCCCGGAUAUCUGCGACACUAGAGCCCCAGCUGUUCCAGCCCACGCUCCCAUACACCAGCUCACCAAUCCACAAGACCACAGAUUUAUUUGAAAUGAUUGAAAAGAUGCAGGGCAACAGGAUGGAUGAGCAGAGAUGCACCUUUCCACCACCGCUCAAGACGGAGGAGGACUACAUUCCGUACCCAAGUGUCCACGAGGUGUUGGGGAGAAAAUGCCCUUUCCCUCUCAUCCUCCUGCCACAGUUUGGAGGCUACUGGAUCGAGGGGACCAACCACGAGCUGAGUGAUACAGUGGACACAGAGCAGCUCCAGCCUCUGUCUCCGACCACCCGCACCAAGCUGGAAUGUAACACAACGGCUACACUCUUCCGGAAACACUUCCUGGGAAAGGAACACUUUAAUUACUAUUCAGUGGACAGUGCCCUAGGACAUCUGGUGUUCUCCCUAAAAUACGAUGUGAUUGGUGACCAGGAACAUCUCCGUCUAAUGCUCAGGACAAAGCUGAAAACCUACCAUGAUGUGAUCCCCAUAUCGUGUCUCACAGAGUUUCCCAAUGUGGUCCAAAUGGCCAAGCUUGUCUGCGAAGAGGUCAAUGUGGACCGCUUUUUUCCUGUCCUUUACCCAAAAGCUUCAAGACUAAUUGUCACCUUUGAUGAGCACGUGAUAAGCAACAAUUUCAAGUUCGGGGUCAUCUAUCAAAAGUUUGGACAGACUUCAGAGGAAGAGCUGUUUGGCAACAGUGAAGAGAGUCCUGCCUUUGUAGAAUUCCUGGAGUUUCUAGGAGAGAGAAUUGAACUGCACAACUUUAAAGGUUUCCGCGGAGGGUUGGACGUGACUCAUGGGCAGACUGGCACAGAAUCUGUCUACUGCAACUACCGCAACAAAGAGGUCAUGUUCCAUGUGUCCACAAAGCUGCCUUACACAGAAGGGGACACCCAGCAGUUGCAGAGAAAAAGGCACAUAGGAAAUGACAUCGUAGCCAUUGUAUUCCAAGAAGAAAAUACUCCAUUUGUACCAGACAUGAUCGCCUCCAACUUCCUCCACGCUUACGUUGUGGUCCAAGUGGUCAACCCCUGUUCUGACAAUGUUCUCUAUAAGGUGUCAGUGACUGCACGGGAUGAUGUACCUUUCUUUGGCCCAGCGCUCCCAAACCCUGCUUUCUUUAAAAAAGGCCCUGAAUUCCAUGAAUUCCUUUUUACUAAGCUAAUCAAUGCAGAGUACGCCUGCUACAAAGCUGAGAAAUUUGCCAAAUUGGAGGAACGAACAAGGUCGGCCUUGUUAGAGACCCUUUACGAGGAGCUCCAUGUGAACAGCCAGGCCAUAAUGGGAGUUGGAGGAGAGGACGACAAACUGGAAAACGGGAGUGCAGGAGGAGGGGGCUUCUUUGAGUCUUUCAAGCGAGUGGUCCGCAGCAGGAGCCAGUCUAUGGAUGCCAUGGGUCUUACUUUCAAGAAGCCGCACACAGUCUCCACUAGCCUGAGCAGCACCUUUAACCACAACCCCGCAGACAGCCCCAAAUUCCCAGGGAUAUCAUUGCUUGUCCCAGGCAAAAGUCCCAGUAAAUAUGGACGCCGAGGCAGUGCCAUAGGGAUAGGAACAGUAGAAGAGUCUUUGAUAAUCCCUGGGAAAAGCCCAACCAGGAAAAAGUCUGGGCCUUUCAGCUCCAGGCGAAGCAGUGCCAUUGGUAUUGAAAACAUUCAAGAAGUCCAGGAGAAGAGUAGUAGAGAUAACUCUCCGAAUACUCAGAAGACCCCUGACAGUGGCCACGUCUCUCAAGACCCCAAAUCUGACAACUCAUCCAAUCAGAGCUCUCCGGAGGUGCUCACAACCACCAAGAACAGUUCUUAUCUCGUUGGCAGGGCUCCAUCCAUCCCUGAGGGUCACGACCUCUCCCGCUCCUCCUCCAACGCCAGCAGCUUUGCCAGUGUGGUGGAGGAGAAUGAGACAGAGGCCACAGAGGACUAUGACACUGGCAUGGAGAGUCUGUCGUCUGCUGGGACGCCACACAAGCGAGACUCCCUCACCUACAGCACCUGGCUGGAAGACAGCAUCAGCAGCACCAGUAACACGAGUCGUGGAAGCUCCCCAGGGCCGGGCAAGCCUGAUCGAGGGAAGGCGACAGACAUUCGUAUCAAACUGGAACGAUCGAAUGAUCAUCAGUCCUCAUCAAACUGUUAGCUCCACAUACCUGGUUGUAUCCUGGAUCUCCAUCUUCAGCAUUCCCAUAAGUCACAAUCCUUCUGGGAGACGAGAGAAUUGCAGACAUUCGCCGUGACCAGUGACGAGAAGGAAGAUGGUGGAAGACUGAAAAAGGAACGAGAAAGCAGAUGGAGCCUGGCCAGUCUGCUGCUCAGUGAGGCAGGAGUGCAGCAUAUCCAGAAACCUGAGGGACACUGGAGAGGAUGACGCACAGAGAGGGGCCAGCUUUUGCACAGUGUUGUUUCCUUUCACUUUUUUCUUUGCCUCUUCACACAUCUGUUGCCUAGUUUUAUGUUUUUCUACCUGACCUUUGUUUUCACAUUUUAUCAGAACAAUGUAAUUGUUUUAUUUGUAAGAGGUAUCACUAUAAUUCAGUUUGUCUUGUUGAAGCCUUGGUGUGCUGGCUAUACAGGGUGAAGCAAGGUAAAGACAGUGCUAUCAUGCUCUCUGUUGAGACUGUGAGAAGGAUUGUUGCUGCAACAUUGAGAACAAGUUCCUGGAUGAUUUCACCAAAUCAACCAAGGCAUUGGCUUAACAAAGAUCUUUAAUGUAUACAUAAUACCAAAUAUUUAGCAUCAAAGAUGAGUAUUUUCUAACAAAACAUUCAAUGUGAUACCAAGUUGCUCUGCUGGAUGCUGUUUACUGUGAAGAUUUUCUUGGUGAAAUCCUGAUAUGAGGACAGUAUAGCUGCAGCAAAACAACUGUACUCUUCCAUCUGCUUCCCAUAUUUCCACAAGAUUAGCUCUUAAACUUAACACCACAGGUCACAGUAAAGAUAGCAAUGUAUCGUAAAUAAACUGAAAUGGCCUUAAAUAAACUAUUUCCUCGUUCUUCAGAUUUAUUUUACCUCACUUCUUUCACUCAUGUGUUCUACAGCCAAGUGUGGGACAGCAGUAUUAGGUUAAAUGUAAAAUUAAUAUAUUUAGAAUCAUUUUAAGGACACUAUUUUAUUUUGAAAAAUGGUGGCAUAAUUCAGUUGUACCUCAGCACUGUCUGUAUAGUCUGCUAACAUAUUGAUAUAUCCAUCACUGAGUGAUUUAACCGCUUUGUCCGUCUUGAAUGUUGGUGCAAACACCAGUCUCAACAUUAAGUUCUCAGAUAUUUUUUCUCUUUAAAAUGUUUUUUUUUUUUUUAUUUAUUGAUUUGGAUCAUGUUAAACUGGCAUUUACAGCCCACAUGUUAUACUGUACCUCUAUGGUGACUCCAUUCAGCUCAUUUGUCAUAUGCUUAUAUUGUAUGUGUUGCUUUGACGUGAAUUCUAAUGUUGUCAUCUGUAAAUCUCUGUCAAUUUUCAGGGGUCUUUCAGUGCAGUAAAUUUGCAAUGCAAUUAUAAUAAAACAGUGAAUAUUUAUUUGCUUUGAAAGUAAGAAAACAACUCCGAAUACAACUACUGAUUUUGUAAAUAGAUAUUUAGUUGGAGUACAUAGUGUAUAAUGUAUAGACCAUUGACUCAGCAUUGGAUUGACCAACACCUUGAAAUUACUGCCAAGUUAACAAUUUUACUGUUGUUUUAUUUCCCGCACCCUUGGUUUUCAAUAUUAUUUUGAGAGAGUUUUAUAGAAUACAAUUAUUUUCAAAGCUAUUCAGACUGUUCUGUAAAAGGGAAACGCUCACAGUACAUCCUGCUGAUCAUUUCAGUUGCCUUAUGUCACAAACUGAUGGUGUAAGUAUAGCUAGAGAAUCAAAUAGUUAUUAGCCAGCAGGAUUGACAAUGAAAUGAAUGUUUUGUUCUUGCUGUUUUUAUUGUAAAUAAAUGCCCUGAAAACUU